AUGCAACUGAGGGGUGGUGGUAUUGGUACUGCUGGUGCCACGACCAAUGACAAUGGUGAGACAACCAACCCGACUGCCUUGUCAAUACUUGCACAACAGUGGUGCCAAUUUGCCAGCAAGAAUUUCUUCCUUCUGGGCAUGUUCGUGGCCGUUGGUCUGGCUCGUGCGUUUCCCUUGCUUGGCAGAAGUGGAGGCGUUUUGAGAGCCGAGCUGUUUAUCGGCAAAUUUGGAGUGGCGUGCAUAUUCUUAUUAUCGGGCCUUGUCAUUGGAGCUGUCAGAGUUGAAGCAAGCAGCUUCCAAUCACAAACUCAACACAUCCGUCUUACUGACCACCUUUGGCCUCUGGCCUCUCUUGUGAAUAUGUGUGUCAUUUUGACAACGGCUGCUGGUGGCAGUGUUGCUACAGCUCUUUGGAACGCAGUCAUUAGCAACUUGGCUGGAAUCUUUGUCACUCCAAUUCUUUUACUUCGCUUUUUUGGCAAGUACAUCCAAUUGCCAUUCAUAGAUAUGAUUGUGAAGCUUUGCAGCCAAGUUCUGCUCCCAGUCGCUGCCGGUCAGACCCUUCGCCAUUUUGGUGGCAAGGAAAUUUACAAGAAGAAUGCCAAGUUCUUCAAGAGACUGCAAGAGGUUAUACUCUUAGGCAUUGUAUGGAAUGCAUUCUGCAACACAUUUGCCGGUUCUGGUCUCGGCCUGGAGCUGAGGCAUGCUCUGACCUUGUCGAUACUGAUACCGGCCAUGCACCUGCUCUCGUUGGGUGUGCUCUUUCGGACAUUUUCGUUGCCAAUUUUUAAAUUCACCCGAAGAGAGGUUGUGGCAGCCAUGUUUACAGCAUCUCAAAAGACUUUAGCUUUUGGGCUGCCCCUCAUCAACACAAUUUUUGAAGGUGCUCCCAAUGUGGCUGCUUAUUGCACCCCUCUCAUGUUUGUUCAUCCAUUGCAGCUCAUUCUGGGCUCACUAUGUGUCCCACGAUUGUCAAAAUACGUAGAGGAGGGCGAUGAAGAAGCAAAGAUAGUAACAUAG